AUGGGUUUCGGUGACUUUGCUGCUAUCUGUUCCAAAACACCGUUACCACUUUGCUCGGUGAUUAAGUCGUCGAAGCAUCUUCUGCUCUCGACCGAUACACGGAUCGAUGACUUCAAUCCUCAGGACCUAAAGGUUGGGAUUCUUCCACAAUGCUACGCGCGGUCCAUCGAUGUCGCCAAUACUGUCGUGUUUGAAGUUGGCAACGCGUUCGUCAACAUUGGUGCCCUAGGUGUCAUUCUGUUUAUGAUAUACUCCACACGCCAAAAAUAUACUGCCAUUGGGCGGUCCGAGUACGGGUUUUUCUUCGAGCUUUGCCUCGUGCUGAUUGUGUUCACGCUGAUCGUUGAUUGCGGUGUCUCUUCACCGGGUUCGGGCUCUUACUCGUAUUUUGUCGCGGUCCAAAUCGGCCUCGCUGGCGCGUGCUGCUGGGGCAUGUCCGUACUGGGUCUGCUGGGUUUCAGAAUCUGGGAAGACGGCACGCGUCGCGCCAUGCUGCUCAUGCGCGGCAUCUCUUUGGUUGGGUUCAUCAUCAACUUCCUCGUCGCGAUCUUCACCUUCCGCAACUGGCAUUCGUCCUCCUCCACCAGCACAAACACUAUGGCGCUUUUUGUCGUGAUGUACCUCCUCAAUGCAAUCAUAGUUUUUUUCUUCAUCAUGUGCGAGCUUGUCGUGUCGUUGUUCAUUAUUGGAAAUCCAUGGGCUGCCGGUUCGACCCUACUCGGUGUGUUCUUCUUCAUUGUCGGUCAGGUCCUCACCUAUGCAUUCUCUACCACCAUCUGCAACGGGGUCAAACAUUACAUCGAUGGCCUUUUCUUCGGUAGCAUGUGCAACCUUUUUGCACUCAUGAUGGUCUACAAGACCUGGGAUAUGACGACGGAUGACGACCUUGAGUUUAGCGUAAGCGUCAAUGCCGACAAUGAAGUUAUGUACUACUCUGACGGCAAGUUCUAA